CAAAUAGAAGCUAUGAUGAGACCUCAAAAGAACAUACUAAUCGGUGUCACGGGAAGUGUGGCGACUAUCAAACUACCACUGCUAAUUGAAAAAAUACAAGAAUACGAAAAAGACUACACCAUAAAUAUUAAAAUAGUCCCCACAGAGCACGCUAGACAUUUUUUCGAAAGUACGCUUUUGCCUGCAAAGGUAAAAAUAUUGAUUGAUGUCGCUGAGUGGUCAAUGUGGCAAAGAAGAGGUGAUCCUGUAUUACAUAUAGAUUUGGGCAAAUGGGCAGACAUCCUACUAAUCGCACCACUCAGCGCAAACACACUGGCCAAAAUAGCAACGGGUAUAUGCGAUAACCUACUUACUUGUGUGGUACGUGCCUGGGACCUACACAAGCCGUUACUCUUCUGUCCAGCAAUGAAUACUCGUAUGUACGACCACCCUCUGACAUAUGAACAAAUAAGCAAACUUAAGUCUUGGGGAUAUACCGAAAUACCUUGUAUAUCAAAGAUGUUGAUGUGCGGAGAUACGGGCAAUGGGGCAAUGGCCGAAGUGUCUACAAUCGUUGAACGAUUAAAACCCUUUUUAGAAAAAUCAUAGCUUCCAAGUUUUACACCUAUGUGCAUACACAAUUAGAUGUAUUUAGAUAAGAAUUACAAAUAUUUGGGUACAUGCGUACUGCGAAGUGACGUCAUUCGUUAUCGGUGAAUAAUUUCCUGCAAAGCAAUACUUUCCAAAAGGAACACACAUACAUUUAUUUAAGUAGUAUACUAAAUAAAUAUAUAAAUAUAUAUAUCUA